AUACUCACGUUGUGGCCCUAGGGAUCAAGAUGUCGCCUCCUCCGAAUGAAUCGGACGAAGAGCUGAAGGGGGUGAGCUACCAGGAGUACCGGAGGCUCAAACGCAUCAAGAUGAGGAACACGCCGAGAGAUCCGAACGCCGACGAGAGGGAUGAUGAUAACCUGCCGAAAGCCAAAGUCGAAUCUGAUUCUGGUAAGUCGCAAUCUGAAACUGAUCGAUCUAGGAAGCGUAGGGGGAGGAGAUCUUAUGAUAGCGAUAGCGAAUCUGUAGAGAGUGAUUCUGAUGAGGAAGAUAGAAGGAGACAACGUAGUAGAAGGAAGAUUAAGAGUAAGAGCUCUAGGAGAUCUGAAGAGAGUGAUUCCGAUGAGGAAGAUAGGAAACUAGGAAGAAAAAGGAAGAAAAGCACAAGUAUUAGGAAGAAGAGAAGAUACAGUGAUUCUGAAUCUGAGAUUAGUGCUUCCUCGUCUGGUGAUGAACAACAACACACCAAGUCAAAGAUCAAGAGGCUGAAGAAGCUCUCAGGCGACGAGGAAGAAGAUAGGGGACGAAGAACAAGUAAUAAGAAGAAAGGAAGCAGAAAGAAGCGAGGACAUAGGAGUGCUUCUGGGGAAGAACAUAGCAGGUCAAAGAGCAAGAGGCGGAAGAAGCUGUCAGGCGAUGGUUCUGACACUGAUCUGAAGGCGAAACUUGAAGAAAAGGUUAAGGAUACUGAGCUUGAGUUGAAGAAGUUCAGAGAAGAAGAAGAAGCUGAGGUGGGUCCUAAAGCUGAAGGACACAUGAGCGGUUACGGUCCUGCGUUAAGACCCGGUGAAGGAGACGCUAUAGCACAGUACGUUCAGCAAGGGAAACGUAUCCCACGUAGAGGAGAAGUGGGUCUUAACGCUGAUGAGAUUCAGAGGUUUGAGGAUCUUGGGUAUGUUAUGAGUGGGAGUAGGCAUCAAAGGAUGAAUGCUAUUCGUAUCAGGAAGGAGAACCAGGUUUACAGUGCUGAAGACAAGCGUGCGUUGGCUAUGUUUAACUAUGAGGAGAAGGCCAAGCGUGAGGCUAAGGUCAUGUCUGAUCUUUCCAGGCUGGUGCAGCGCCAUAUGGGAGAGGAGUUGGGUCCGAAUCAUGACCCUUUUGGUGCUGGAAAGGCUGACGACUGAAUCGGGACAUACAGAAGCUGCUGCUCCGCUCUGCUUUUGAUGCUUCAUCCUACUUCUUUGUCUCUUACCUAUCUUUGGUUAUGUUUUUUUUUGUUACCCCAUGAUAAAAUAUUGUCUAUAUGCUGCGUGAAGCUUUUCUACAAACGUAUGUUUCUUCAUCGUCUAGUUUAUGACCGUGUUGUAGAGACGUCGUUUUGCUAUCUUGUUUUGGGUUUUAAUAUUGAAGGAGAAAAAUAAAUAAAUAAAAA